UCAAUCAAAAUCAUCUCACCUCCACUAGUCAGAAUUCUCAAUAACAACGUGCAGUUGACCGGUGUGAUUUUUCGGAAUUCUUAACAAAUUAUUAUCUUUCGCAAUUUUAAAUUGUGUUUCCCCCAAGGACUUGCUUUGAAAGAAAUAACUCUUACAAUGGCUUUAUCUGCAGUUAAAAAUUGUCUAGUUUACUCCAAAGCAAUUGGUAGCAAAUCCUUGUUCUACAAAACAACUAAGUCCCUAAUUUCUUAUGGUGUGCAAAAUAGUAAAGUUUCCAACCGCUCUUUAUACAAUUUGAGUCAUUAUAAAAGUGCACGACAUUUAAAUUCUAUGGUUGCCAAAAAUGCCCUACCCUACAAAUGUAUGUGCAGUUACGUACACACCAAGGGUGAUCAAGAGCUGGCUGCAUUUUUGACGGAUGAAAUAAAAAAUGAAAAACAAACCCAUGCUUCUGAUGUUUUGCCAAAGCUCGAAGGAUAUGAAUGCAACUUGAAUGGUUCUGAUGUCGAACUAACAAAAAAAUUGAAUGGAGAGACCAUUACCAUUACUGCUAAUGUAAAUGAUUCUGUUGAUGCUGAAGAAACUGCAAUGGAUCCCAAUGAGUCUAAAGAACCACAAGAUGCAGAGAUGAAAUCAAAACCUGACUUUACCAUUUCCAUUUUGAAAGGCAAAAAGACUUUAAGGUUUGAAUGCUCUUAUUCUCAUGAUCUACCUGAAGAAGAUGCUGAAGCAUAUAAUGAUUCUUUCCAAAUUGCUGAAAUUGCAUUAUUUGAAGGAGAAAGUAAUGAGUCUACAUACUGCGUAUCUGGAGACAUUAUGGAUGGUUAUCUUUAUGAUUUAUUGAUGAAUUACCUAGAAGAAAGGGGCAUCUCCAAUGAAUUUGCUGACCAAUUGAUCGCUUUCUUCACACAAUAUGAACAUCAAUUGUACGUUAACUUUCUGCAGGGAAUGAAGACGUUCGUAGAAAAGUAAACAGAUGUUAAGACAUUUCCCUACAAGUCAUCAUGUUAAUCAUUACAACCAUUUAGAUCUAUUUGUGUUUCUAGUUGUUUCAAAUAGAUUUGUAUACAGUUCUUUGUAAUAAACUUCUAAUAUCACACUUCAA